AUUAAAAUGCACUGUUGUCUUCGAUGGCCCACAGUCGUGCAGUGCCUUCGUAAGUGGCAACAGCUCGUUAUUGCUCUUUCAGAUCCAGAGUGCCUUUACCACAUCGCGGCAAGGAAAAAGCCAAAGCCAGCCCAACUAACCAGUCCAGGAAAACAGGGCGAGGGAGGAAAUAUUAUACCGCAAACAGUACACAUUCUACCGGUUGCUGAGCGAGUGGGUGUUCACACAGCACAUAACAAGCUAUAAAGCUCUAUAAAGAGCAAGUUAGUCAUUCAUCAAGAGCACUUGGCAAGGAACCUUAUCUCGCUGUCAGACCUACUCAGAACUUAUCAUCAUGUUCGUGAAUACAAACACAUCUCGAAGAAAAUUCCUUCAUGCUCUACUGGUCACAGCGAUCUGUAUGAGGUAUGGCAUAAAAAUUAUGUAUACACCUAAUCCUGGUCUUUUAAAUCGAGUCUGUUAACGAAGAGCAAUUAGUGACCGAUUUGUUUUCGAAUUUCGGUCACUUUCAUCAAGGGUUCCGCAAGCACACAAGUUUGAUAAUAACCGCCUCCUACAAUUUAAACAAAUUGCUUCAUUCAAAUGAAAGGCCAUAACUGUCCUUAAAUUUUAAUCCGUAAAUAUUGCUUCUAAGUUAUUGAAUUGUAUUGUGGCUAUUUGUUACAAUUAGGCCUUUGUACAUGUACAACCGUUUGUACAAUUCGUUCUAUAUUACUUUUCGUUGCUGUAAUAAUAUCUUUCAUAUCUUGAAAACAAAUUUAAUACGAAAUAGGGGGUUUAAGUGUCGAUGACCUUUAUUAUGAACUUUUUCGUUUCAGGAAAAUAUGACUAUAUAGAGCCUGUUCUACGAAGCCCGCUUAGCAUGAAUGUGGCUAAACCAAAAUUAACUAACAUUUCCACAAAUUUUGUGAAUGACAAGACUUAAGCCGUUACCAUAUAUUACAUUUGAAAAAUCUAUAAACGCGGUCUUUAGUAUAUGCGUCUGUUCACUGCGUUCCGUACCGGUCCAUGAUGAACAAAAUCAUUUAGCAUUGGACAGACAUUCCGACUGCAGUCUCGUAUAAGUAGUCCUGAUUAUUAGAGUAAGGUAAUUGGUGAAGCCGCAUCAAGGAACUAUUUCAAUUAUAUUAUAUGUGUUUCCAAAUUUACCUCAAACGUUAUAUGCUGAUUAUGCGCAAAGUCUAUAGCUACUAUGUACAUUUGCGAUGUCAUUAUAGUGCCAUAAGAAUUCUUAUUUUUACGGUAUAUUUAUAACGGAUGCUUUAUAGUACAUAACGCCUUUGACGGCAUCGACUGAACUAUGAUAAUAUUUGUCUUAACAUAAUAUUUGUUUAAUAUUUUGGUUAAUGAAGAGCUUAUGAAAUGCAUUCAGGAACAAGCCAUAUAAUGACUUCUCUACAUAAAACUUGAGUUAUAUUUCCGGUUAAGCAUAAGUAUAUAUAUGAUAUUAUAUAUGUUGUGAUAUUGUUCACUCGGUAAUAUGAUAGGAGGUCGGAAAUGUCCUCGACUGAAUGAAUCUAUACCGCGCGAACAGAAAAUUAUGAACUUUAUACUGAAUAUCACAAACAUACUCAUUUAUAUCAAUUCAGUAUCGAACUAUAUGUGGUCUAUAUUAGUUCUGCGUGUGUUAUAUAAUGUUGUGAUAUUGUAUCAAGUUCAUAAUUUUCUAUGCAGCUCUGUUAAAUUAUAAGAGCGUUGAAAUAGCAUGCCAUGGGUCCGCGGGUUUGAAAUCCAGCAACGGCAGCGGGCAGAAUCUUCUGCUUGUGCGGUUUGGAAUCAUUCACUCUAUAUUUCACUCUAUAUCAUAUGGACGAAUUCGGUUGAGUGGUAUAAAUACUGGGCUUUGGGGCAUCCGCUCGAAACGUUAAUGAAUUGUAUUUUCUCAAAUUUUAGGUAUACUGUAUAGUUGGCUAGUUGCAAUAUUGCUGCCGACACCGCAUAAUUAUCUUGUUUUCUUUCGUCUAGUGCCUUUUACGUUAGCGAAGGGAAUAGAACGAACAAGAAACGAAACAGAACAAAAGCGUCUCUAGAUAUUAGAAAAUACUGUCGCGCAAUGGUAUGGUUCGACAAAAAGCAGCGAAGCAUGUGCGCGCGAACUCCCGACUUGAUCAAAGUUGUCCAGAAAGCCGUAAAAAAUGCAUUGGCGGAGUGUAGAAGGCAGUUCAAAUCAUACCGAUGGAAUUGUUCUCCUUUAACAUGGGAUCAGGUGUUCGCUGAGAACGGAAUUCUCAAGAAACGUAAGUCUGGCAUUAUUUAAUUGUAAUUUCUAACCUUAUUUGAUUGCGAUUUAAACGUUCCAUUGAAAUGCAUAGUAGCAAGUAAUUCAAGUGUCAACUGAUAUUAGUGUCGGAAGUUAUUGAUAACGUUAUGUAAUCCAAUUGCUUGGAACUAUGCACGUACGGUUCAUCAGAAAUCGAGUUUGGCCUCGUAUAAAAUAAGACUAAAAUGCCAAAUGCUAUAAAAGCUCAUGUGAUUCAAAUUAUAGCAUUUUACUUUCCACGUUCGUAAUUUGGAUCCUUAAAAAGGCCCUUUCAGCGAUUAAGUUCAAUUGGAAAGCCCAUUUUUUUUAAACAUAUUAAAUGAUGACAAGUGUAUUCCUCCUGGUAUACAGGAGCAAAAAGCAAAAAUAUCAACGCUUCGAUUCAGAUAUAACUGCACACGGCAUGGUCAUUUCCGACACGACAUGCAGAAAGAACGAUUGUACUAUAAAAUCGAAGUCGCAAGUCGAGCGUUCUAAUUGAACAUGUAAUUGUAGCCCAUAUUUUAAAUGGUUUAUUUUAAUAAUUUCUCGCCGAAAGGAGGUGAAUAAUAUGAAACGAGAAAACAGCACGACUACUAAUAAUAAAUAUGUUGAUUUUAUGAAUAACAAUUGAAAAAGCAGUUUUGUAUGCCGGUGUUUACAUUUAUACCUCUCGAAAACAUCUAUCAUAUAUGUUUAUAAGAUCUCUCGAAAAGCAUUCUAUCAUUAUGCAUGUCAAAAGUUGACAGUUGGGCCUCUUCAACAUCAAAAUUGAUGAUAGGGAAUAAACAUCGUAUAUAUAGAUUACGCUUACUGCAUGUGUGUACAUGCAUAAUUGUUUCCCGAUGCAAGCAUCCUUGUACCCAUUACAUCAUUACUCUGGUAUAGGCUAUACUAUAUACUAUAUAGACUUUAAACCAUGCUACCCUAUGUUAUGUUUUAUGACAGAAAGCAAUGUUGCCUGUGUCUUUCAUUUUUUGUUCUCUGUUUACUUGUAUGUCUGUCAGCACACGGUUGAAAAUUUCUACAAAUGCGUGGCAACGCACGUCAGCUGUGAACUCAAUCUAUCACGAUAUGUCAUGCAAGCAGAAUUUUCAUCCCCAAAAGGAUCCGAUUUCGAUAUUUUCACGUUUUCCUGUGAUCUUUAUGGAGCCACAACAAGUACUUCACGUGAAUAAACGCUAAUGCUUUAUGAGAGGAAACAAGUCAUUACUAAAAGUCCUAGUUUUGUAAUCACCUUAAUUAUCUCAUCUCGCCAGCCAUGCCCAUAGGAGAUUUCAGCGAGCGAAUUAACCAAUUAAAAAGCACUCGAGUGUGGUUUGACCUUAUCCUAGAAGGGGUUCGUGUUGAACGCAGACUUGAAGCUUGCAAGCGAAUAAAAAAGCACAACUAUUUUAAGUAUUUACCCUUUAGGUAGAAAGUUUAAUUAUGGUGCAUGUUUAUAAGUAUGAUAUUUACUAGAAUGCUCUCCAAUGAGAAUCAUGAACGUAAAACAUGAGAUAUAUGCAAAUAUAAGUAGACAAGCAUCCAGUAAUUUCUCCCAAAAUAUUUUUCCAACAUAUUUGUUCAGAGAAUAUGGUAAAAAACUAAUUUAUUCAUACUGUAUAAAUAGCUCUAUCAAUUACAUGCAUGCAUUUAUAAACUAUGCCAUCAUUAUAUCGUCUUGAUUGACUCGCAGUUUUACCACAUACAAACCUAAUUCAUAGACACAGUCACACUCGAGCCUCAAAUAUUGAUACAUUUCAUAAACCAAUUCCAAUGUAAUUUUCAACAUGUCACAAUACUUGCAAAUACUACAUCAUUCAACAAGCAAUCAUUUAUUAUGCGGUAAAAAAAUGCGUGUGGUAAUACCGCGCCUAUAGGAUCUUAAUUAUUCAAGUAGGACUUCAAAACGGCUCAAGCACCAAAUGUGCUAAAAACAGAGACCUAUAUGAACUUUAAUGACUUCAGCAAAGUCUCGUUACUGCACGAAAGAAUUUGACUAUUCGUCGAUCGUUUUCUACCGCACGCAUUGUUCAUGAAUGCGUUCGAUUGGAAUUCGGAUGACAGAAGUUCACAUGCAAAUACAAUUUCAAGUUUCUACCGAAAACUAAGCUUUUAUUUGAUGCACUGACUGAUGUGACAAUAGUACCCAUAUAAUUUAACAAGGGUGUGGGUCAUGCCAAAGUCAUGGGAAUCAUAAAUAAUACUAGCUUGUUUUGAAAUACUUCUAUUUUAAUAAAACGUGGCAACGAAAAGCACUUCAAUUAAACAUAUUUUGUCUAGUCAUGACAAAUUAGUUUCUCAAGCAAUUCAAUCAACUAGUUGUUUUGUGAAUGAUAGCGUUAAAUUUGGCUACAAAAUAACCUGGGCUCCUGUGGCGAACUCACGCCAGCUUCCCCAAAUAAAACUUUUACAAAACAAUUAAAGUCUUUUCCGUUCUUCUUCACUAGGAGUUGGACUAAAUAUAGACGUACAAUAUACAGCAGUCAUUGUAUUAUUACUGUUUGGUCUGAAUAGUUGUCAUAGAUCCUGUGUCCAGCCGUGUCGAGAUAAUGAACCUAUAUAGCCAUGUGUUGAUUUCGACACAGGGAAUUUUUGGAAGAGUUUAAAAAAUGAUGAGGUUGAAUUAAGAUACACGCGAAGUUCGUGUUUGAAACAGUUUGAGAUGGUGGGAAUGUUUUAGGAAGUUUUUUUCACAUGCGUCAUAUGUUGGGAACAUAUAGUGCACGUAUGCUCAAAUUUUAAGAAAAAAACAAGCAUUUGUUUCUUCGACUUUUGUGUACAUUAUUAAUUCUUAUGAAAUUCAAAAUAAAAUGAAUUAGGGAGUGUUCAUUAUUUAUACCCGGGGUUGGUACCGAAGAGAAACUAAUCGAAAAGAGAAAAAAAACAACCACCCACCCUUUCGGUCAGCCAUUUUUUUCCCUACCCAACUAUUGCAUGACUUGGAUUUUUAUUUUACCCAACCCAAUUUCAAAAUUAUACAAAUAUUUUACACAUAUACAUAUCCAUAUAUUAUUAUACAAGCUAUAGGCCAUGCACUAUAGUAUAAACAGUACUAUGCAUAUUUGGUGCACUAACUGAAUGUCAAAUAUAAUCAUUUGUACCUUCACAAGUUCAUAUUAUGUUCCCAAGCGUCCAAGUUCCUGCAGUCCUACCAUAUCUCGUUGUUGUAAUCAGAGGGGAUGGGGAGUUGGAGUUUAGUUUUCUUUGUGGGGAAUAAUGGAUAUUUCCUGGAAUGAUCCAUUUUUUAAAUAAAGGAUUUUCGUAUUUUGUUCAAUUCAAGGUUUGUAUUGAAAAUAAUUUACCCAACCAUAGGCUUUGUUCAAAAAAUAUUUACCCAACCCUUCAUACCCCAGAAAAAUGGCUUACCCAACCCAUUUCUCUUCGGUACCAACCCCGGGUAUAAAUAAUGAACACUCCCUUAGGAGGUUAAACAUUUGGGAGAAUGCAUGGGAUGUGUCAUGGAUACAAUUGUGUGGACGUAAACUUUUGAAAGUAUAGAAUAAUAAUGUGAUAUUUGUGAAAGAUGCAUGACGAUUUUUCGAAAAGGUGAUCGACCGCGCAAUAUAUUAUUUGUACAGUAAAACGUAGUUAUACUUCCAGUUUAAGCGCAUGGCGGCAUUUUGUCAAAAGGAUUUGCCCUCAAAAUCUAUAGUAAUCCCUCAGAUCAUUAAACCCCAGAGUUUGUAUAUAAUGGGAUUAAGUAUAAUAUUGCGAACUAUUAAAAGCCUCCAUGUUUAUUAUCCUCUUCCGAUCUGCUUUUGAAAAUGUGAUUUAAAAUUUUAAAAAAGAAGAACUCAAGAAUAUGGCAAUAUUUGCCAUUUUUGAAAUAAUGGCCAUACUUUUGAAAUAAUGGCCAUACUAAAUAAUGGCAAAUACAAUUAUUGAUAUAACACUUCUAAACUACACUUAUACAACGUAGAUUGAGAUAUAAUUAAAUAAAUCACCGAAUUAAUUGAGACAUAAAUGAAAUGUAAUUAAUUUUAAUUCAUCACUUGUUUGUGAAGAACAGCCAACCCUCUGGCUAUAAUCUAUAAUCAGUUUACUUAUCAGUAAACUGUCCACGUUUCUAAGCAAUUUAUAACGUGCACUCAAAGCACAUAGUGCAUUGAAAAUUUUCAAAAGGCAGGAAGGAUCUGCAGCUUAUUCGUUGCCUGUAUAAGCGGAAAUGUUCUUUCGGGGGACAAAAUUGUCGACUCGUGUCUGACAAAGAAAUUUUUCAAAGUGGUACUUGCAAUCGAUACAAAAUAUAUUUUGAGUUUGGAAUAUCGGCGGAGACAUCUUUUUUAAUUAAAAACAUAAUCUUUGAGAUUCAUAUAGUGACAUUAAUUUUUCAACAAACUUACUGAAAAUGGCGGUAUACUUAUAUACUAUACCGAUGCAUUUUAUCUUUCACUUUUGAAAUCAGCUACAUCGACACUUUUCGAUUCUGCGUGAUAAUGGAUAUUAUUAAAGCGUAUCAAAAUUUUUGCACAAGAAGACCUUUUAAUUAAUAAAUGAGAUAUAUUAGUGAUUAAUUGAAUCUUCAAAUUGAAUUCAAAUCUUCACUUAAUCAUUAUUUAUUUCUCAUUUAUUAAAAACUAUUACAGUAUUAGUUUCUAGCUUGAGUCAAAACAGAAAUGUUUAGAUUUUGUGGUUGAAAAAAUUCGGGGGUUGAAGCUAAAAUUGGAUUUGAUAUUUAACCGCAUGCAAUUUGUUAUAAAUAUCCGCGUCUUUGUUUUGCACGAUUUGAAUGUCGAGUGUGCAAAUAUUAAACUAUUUCCCUUCGCAUGUGUUAUAUGCAGUCGUGCACUGAGACGGCGUUUGUUACAUGUUGUACAUAAUUCUGACACUUUUUCAAUAGCAUGACGGAAACGCGAUAAAUCACCAAAUGUUAGAUUACGCGGAUGUAUUAUUUCAAUCAAUACACCUCCUUUUUAUUAUUUUACGUUAUUUCAUCGUCAAAUAUUUGGCAAUAAAUAACGUGUCGAAAUUGACUAACUAGCGAACAUUGGUUGCUAUUGUUUCAAUCAAAUAUAACGGAAUUCCAAUUUCCGUUUAAUUGUGCCAAUGCCAGCGACCCUAAGACCCCUGUGAGGUGCAAAAAUACUAAGAUUUCAAGUACAUAGCCAUAAAAAAACUCUAAAAAUAAUACGAUCGAAUGUGAACAGAAUGGUUCUUUUAUAAGCAUCAUAAAUGCCUAAUUAAAAUAGAUUAAUAUGAGUAAAUGAAUUGAUAUAAACUUUGCUCUAUAUAAUUUAACCCAUUAAAUUGUAUUGCGCCCUAAUGUAUAGGCACUUUAUUGUUUUACACUAUGUCUAACACCAGACGAUUUUACCCGUCAAGGGGAUAUAGUGCUCCUCAAUGGGUUAAUCAGACUAUAUACUCAUGUGUUUAAUAGUUAAUCCUUUAAGUUGCAUUGUGCCCUAAUCCACCCUAUACCUUAUAAUUUUACUCUGUCUAACACCAGACGGUUUUACCUGUCAAGGGGAGAGCGUUGGCGCUCAAUAGGAAAGAGAAAAUUGAAAAGAAUAUCCGUUUUAAAUUUUAAUCAUAUAGCAAUCGUGCUGUUCUGGACAGAAUCUUCUCGAAUUUUCUGUUGUGAACAGAAUUUACAUCUUCUAACACUAUACAACAUAAGUUAUUUGGAAAUUAAUUCUAAAAUCUUCAUUUCCCUGAAAAAAAUUAAGAAAUAUGUACAAGGGGCUUAUAUCCUUUCAAAGUAGAUUGUAUACAGCUUCAAAUGUCUUUCAAUCCUAUUUCGCGUGUCGGUGUUUUAAAGUAUAUUACAAGUGUUAAAUGAGUGUUUUGUGAGUAGAAAUUUGUACAUUUAAUCACAGUUAAUAAAUAGGCCACGUCUUAACACUUGAUGAUCCAUUACUGUUGCUAUGCAUACUCUCACUAUAUGUUUACGUACUUCAAAGUAUUAUUGAAUAUCAAGUUUUUACUAGUAACAGGUAACUUUUAAGACGCAUAUAAAAUAUCGUAUGUGUCACAUUCCUGUCUGUCUUGCCCUCAGAUGCUUGCUAUUUUGCAAUCGAUCGUAUUUCAUCAAUGAACGUGACACCGCAAAACUUAUUUAAAUUCCAAUUUAUUUUCAAUAAGGUUCUUUUGCGCACUUUGGACGCAUUCCCUCGAGAACAUUUCUAAGCAUAAAAGAAUGCAUACAAUUUUUAAAGGGAAAGCUAUGAAAGCAUCGCGUGCUUUACCUACUCGUGAGUUUGUUGUCGAAAAAUACAAGACCCUCUUGAGAAUAGUCCAUGGUGGGCAAAUCAACAAUUGCAUGAGCAAUUGUGCUCGCAACAAACGGCGUAACAUUUCUUAAUUAACACACAGUCCUUGUACUUAAUAAAACAAAACUCACCACCGGUUAACAACAGGUGUGUAGUUUUGACCUUUCGUGCUAUAAUAGCUUAACUGUUGUGGUAUUCAAACAAGGCUGUCCUUAAUGCCGCUCUCUGCACGCCUUUGGAAAGAAAGAGUUGUUUUCCUACAGAGAAAAUAAUAUGUUGUUUUAAGCUCGCUAUUGACAGUAUUGUGACAUAUUUUCGAGGCUGUUCCAAAUAUUCAAGUAACGUAUUCUUUAACCAUUUGCAAGAUAUUUUCCACUUGUGACAUUGUAAAAAAAAUCCGAUGAUGUAUGGUAUAUAUAAACAGAAUUUAUCCUUCCGGCUACCAAUAAUCCAGUCAAUAAUACGAGGUCAAAGGCUCCUUCAGACUGGUACACUAUUUUUGCAAUAACUCAUUCCAGCUGCACGGAGGGAAUAUAGUAUGCCAUUGUAAGGACCAAGGUAUAUUCCAGAACCAUCGCCGGGACAGCUGACUUCAGGGUCAAAAUAUGCGAUUUGUUAUUUCAGAAAAUAAGGCAAAGUGAAAGAGCGUUGAUUAUUUAAUAGGGAUAUUUCAUUCAAUUCGCAAAUUAGCCAAUUCGCGCGUUUAAACUGCCUAAGUAACCGAGUCAAUUCCCGAAUAGGCUAACAUGAUACCAUACAUCCGUUGACAAAAAUGUAUAUGGUGUUAACUAUCAUACCAAUAUAAGUACAUAUAUAGCAUAUAUGGCAUUCAAAGGUAAAUUAUGAAUUUUGUAUUAAACAGUACAAAUAUUUUUUGUUCAAUCGAUCGAUUGAUUAUAUAUUGAUUUAUCAUCACAUGCAUCAUUCCCUUCAUGGAAAGGAAUAUUUUCUUCUCCUUGAAAGUAGCGAAAAUCAUCAGUUUUCACUGAUAAAGUUAACAACCAGGCAGCCACGCCGAAAAUAUUCUCCAUCAACAGUUUAUCUACUUAAAACCAUUGACGGUAUUUUCCCUAACGUUUGCAAAAAUUGCGAAAAAUAAUUAAUAAAUAAUAAUAAUUAAUAAAUCUAUACACUCGAUAAAACACCGCACUUAGAAUGUAAAUUAAAUCAGUAUCCCCAUUAAUGUACAAGCAGAAUCAUUUAUACUGAUCGAUACGUAAUUUUGGAAAAUUUAAAAAUUUACGUGGACUACGUGGUGAAAGAAAUUAGUGGUGAAAGAAAUUUUCGCCCACUGUUCAUUAUAGAUACAUAUAAUUUUAGAUUUAAUUUUAUCAAUUAUUUAACCACAGAUAUUUGCGCAACUGAUUGAAUUGUUUUGAGGUGACUAUUCUAUUGGGAUAAUGUUUAACGUUUUGAUCCGUGACCCCGGAUCUUUAGAAGCGCAAAAAUAUUUCCUGGUAUAAGUAGAGCAGGCUAAUCUACGAAGUUAUGGCAUAAUUAUAUACUCGUCAGAUUUCGUGCAAUAAGUUCUUGCAUCUAAUUAAAAAAAACUGUGCAUCUAAUUAAAAAAAAACUGUCAAGCAUUGUGAUUGGUUAAAAGCACUCGCAGAGACCUUGUGAGUUGACGACUUGUGCGACGAAUGAAAAAGAGGAUUAAUGCCUUGGAAUUAUAAACCCUCUCGACAGAACAUAUUCUGCAUGUUAUUAAGGCCAAGUUCAACUGUCGAUUUUUUCAUGUCCAAUGCAUGCAUAUAUGCUCAAGCAAUGAGUUUGCACAUGAUUGGGAUCACGUCUAAACAUCGCCUAAGAAACUGCAUUAUAGCUUAAGUAAUUCGAUGUAAAGGCGUUCAAGUAUCGUUUGCUUCCUGCAUGAUUGAAAAUAAAUUGUUUGCAUUAUUUCAUCACUACGCUCGUUCCGAACAUACCAUAAACAUAGCAUACACCAAUAACACCAUUGCACAUGUCACAGUCGUAAUGACAACAUGACAGCAUAAUUAAUCAAGUCUUUACGAAAUAUGUAAACAACGAGACUUUAAUGGAGACACGACAUAACCCAGUCCUUCACACGUCUCCACGUUUCUCCAUAUAUUGCAUGAGCUGCUCUUUAUUUGGGAAAUCACUCAUUAUACGACUGGCCACCAAGCAUGAUAAUGUACGGUGUGGAUGGAUGUGUUCACUUUCGGCCACAUAUGCCGAACAGACAAAUUCACGCAAUUGCGAUAGAAAAUCUCCGACUUCUCGCAGAAAAAACAAAUGAAUUGCCUGUAUCAUGUUUGACCAAACUCUUAUAAUCUUUAACACUUGGCAUAUUUGUUCGGAUAAUUCUGUUUACUAAUAAUAUAUAGCUAAAGGCUUUUCGGACUUCGGAGAUCUUGUCCUUAUUCCUUAUUAUCAAGGCGUGGUUCUUCAUAAAAUGUGUACAUUGAAAUGUAUAACCUAAGAAAUUCCUUUUGAUAUAAAAUUUAUCGUGGGGAAUUUUAUGAUAUAGUCCUAAUGAUAAGAAAUACCAAAAAAGGAGCAUUAUAUGAUUUAAUGAUAACUUCAAUUAAAUUGUAAUGUAGGUUCUUUAUUAUACUAAAAUUUCAUAAAUAUGCACUUAUAUUUCGACACGGCACCCAAUUGUCUCGAAUCAUUAAUCUGUAAUUAAUGUCAGGUCCAUGGCAAUAAAAACCUUAUUAUCUAGUUGUGUCGCGCAGGUUAUGGUUGUAUUAGUUUGACAAUUGAAUCGACCACCUUUCCACUUUGGAAUGAUUUUAUUAAAUGUCUCAAAGAAUAAUACGUCAGCAAAAUUUUCCAUAUGUGCAGUUGAUUUGUCGCGACUGUCGAGUAUACUUGCCCUUAUUUAAUAAUCUUAGGCUCACUUCAUCAGAAAUGUGUUGAUUCGCAUCUCGAUUCUUAAAUUGCGUGGGCUAAGGUAGACCUUUAGAUAUCCUGUGAGGAAGGGAGGGGUGGGUGGCAGAUAUUUAAAAUUAUAACACAAAGCUAAUACUUCAAGAUGGUCCAGCCUAAAUUGACGUUUCUUGCACCGCUCUACUUGACCUCGUCUCCACAUAAAACUUGUUAAUAACUUAAUUUUCUUUGCUCCGUUGCUGAUUGAGCAAUUCCUAUAUAUGUUUUUUUCAAAUAUAAGUUGGUUAUUUGCUCAGUUUUACAUGAGCCAGGUGGCCCUAUGUACUUUUGUUGUCCUGCUUUUUGUAAAACUUACUAUAAUUCCAGCGGUUCAGUGGUGACUAGAAAAGCUGCUGUACGGCCUAUUAUUCAAAUACGACCCAUGGUUAUUUAUCCACCUAACAUAGUCCUGGUCAAAUAUAACCAGAUGUUACUUAAGUUUUCGAGAUAUUUUGCUGUAUAGAUAUAAUACAUUGUAACCAGAGAUUCACAGAAUAUUUCUCUCAUUCAAGGUUCCCGAGAGACGGCGUUCGUACAGGCGCUGACGUCAGCAAGUGUGAUGGUGGAGAUUGCGAAGUCGUGUGCGCAGGGGAAUUACAAACAGUGCGGGUGCGGAGAUCAUCCCAAGAACCCACGCCGCAAAGCCAAAACGCCCGGAAAAUUCAGUUGGGACGGUUGUGCAGAUGAUUUCCAAUACGGUUCACAUUUCACAAAACGUUUCAUGGAUCCAAGGAAAAUUAACAACCACGCUAGGAAGACCAAGAGCCACAACCAAGAGGUCGGAAGAAAGGUAAGACCCAGUUGACCUCUCUAUAUAUAACUGCAGUAGUAUUUGCGCAAUGUGUAAAAUUCAUAAACUCAUCAACUAUCUUUUGCAUCCAAACAAAUUUCAAAGAUUGGGUCACAUGACGUGUACCUUGCAUACGCAUGCGUGAAUCAAUGCGCACGAGAGCACUUAAAAAUUCUGAAUGGUCGACCUGUUGUAGAUUGACAUUUACCAACUUACUCCCAUACAUUCUCACCAACGUUGAGUUGGUUCAAAUUUUGAUAAGAGUCGACGAGAGUUUUGGGAAUAUCCAACCGUUCUUGUAGGAAUAUCCAACCGUUCUUGUUAUCGUUUGACCAGGCAAGCGAGAGUGGACGAAAUUCUCGUACAAACACUCGCUUGUCAAUUCUAAUGCUCGUUUGAUAAUAGGCUGAAAAACUAAGGAACUAUACAAGUCUGUCUCUAACUGAUAAUCAUUAUAAGUUACAGAGGGUUGUGCAACGUGUUGAAUACCUCAAGUCAAUUUGUAUAAAAAAUUGUUUAACUUAAUUGAAUUUUAGGCGAUUUUAAGCUAACGAUUCAAAUUUCUCCCAUAUCUCAUUAUAUUCUUUACGUAACUUGUUAUUGCCGGAUCUUUCAAUUUUUCAGCAAAUUUUUACGCCAUCCGUUUACUAGACAUUGCCAAACCUUUCUGGAGGCCGCUCAAUAGUACGGCCAUGGUUUUGAUCAUUGAUGGGCAUUCCAUAUGUCUUUACGAUAGCAAGGUCAUUGAUACCGGAUAUCGCAACUUUUCGAGGCCGUUAGUCCUCUAUCCGCUGAGCAAGACAUUGCCAAACCUCAAAAUCAGGGAACGCCGUGUCCCGUUUCCCUUCUAAUGUGAGAACUGCGGUUUGCGGGCUUUAGGUGACCUUGAAAAUCUUUCCAGUCAUCAAGCACGCGACAUUACCUUGCAUAUUUUGCGCGCCACUAUAGGAAGACGGACAACUGGUCGAAAUUAUAGAAAAGUGCUAUAUAAUUUCAUAUUUUCCCCAUUGAGGAAGGGGAUGGGUAUACCACAUAAUAUAUUGGUAUAUAUUAUACUAUAACGAUAGAACAUAUUCUAUGCUAACAAAGAUAUAUUUUAAAUAUACUUCUUGCAUAUGAUAUAUAACUAUGCAUACCAGAAAAAUUAACCAUAUCAAACGCAUUAAAACAGAAAUUUAUGUCUGAAAAUCUGAUAAACAGUACAGAUCAUAUGGUGGGUUUUCAAUGGGUGUCACGUGGGCAGCAAAUUGUGAUCACAUCUUUCAAAUGGUGAUAGCGUGCGAUCCCUUAAUUCUAGAAUUAUAGAAGUGCGAUCCCUUAAUUCUAGAAUUAUAGAAGACAAGCGCAUAUAGUGGAAACAUUAACAUCAUUUACUUAUUCCGAUAACUACCUGUACGAUAUAGUACUCAUACAGUUAUAGCAAAACCAUGCAACCUAUUAUUGUCUAUCUAAGCUAAAAGUUUAUUCUGUUUUUCCAUCAGGUUGUCCGUCAACUCAGGGUGAAAAAGUGUAAAUGUCACGGCAAGUCGGACUCAUGCACAUACCGAACAUGCUGGUAUGUCACGCCCGAUAUCACAAAAGUCGGUGAACAAAUUUGGAAGCUCUAUCAAAACUCGGUCCGAUCGCAAUGGAACAAGACUACAAACGUGCUGUACGAUAAAGACCGCUCAAAAAGGGAAAAAUCUCAAGAACAGCUGGACAACAAGCUCACAUACUUCAGCAAAUCCGAGAAUUUCUGUGCACAAAACCUUCCGAUGGGCAUAAUGGGCACGUUUGGCCGUACAUGCAACAGCACGUCCCACGGUAACGAUGGCUGCGACACCAUGUGUUGUGGUCGCCCUCACAAGAGAACUUUUGUCACGAAGAAAUCGAAAUGCAACUGCAAGUUUGUUUGGUGCUGUAGAGUCGAAUGCGAGAAUUGUAAUAAGACAGAGGUUGAGGAAACCUGUCAGUAAAUCAAGGACAAUAAUGGAUAUUUAUAGAUUAACCCUGUCUAUCGACCACGUGACUGCAUUGGGCCAUAAUGUACAACUAUCUCUCGUUCAAAAUUGAAAUUGGCGGUCGGAUUACUCGACUCUAAGGGAGGAGUUCGUCCUCGAAAUAUUUCGCUUGAUUUCUUCUGAAUUGUGCAGACCAUCCGAAUAAAUCAGUUCUCUAUGCUUGACCGCUCACAAUUCGAAAGAAAUUGAGCAAAAAAUUGCGACAGCGACAUUUUUCUUGCAAGUGGAAAUCCAGCUUAGAAAUAGUCAAAUACUUUCGUACGCUCGUCCCCAAAACAACAUACAAGUAUUUCAAAGUAAUUUUAUAGCGCAUUCAUCGAAGGUCAACGCCGUUGUGUACAUACUAAUUUUGAUGGGACCAUUACAUUGCAUGAAUUUAUUUCAUUAUUUAAGGGCCUGUUCAUAUGAUCCGCGCGCAUGUGACCAUGAUUUCGUUUGGCGUCGAUUCGACUCUUGUGGGGUCGAACCAUUGUGGGGUUGAACCAUGCACGAGCGAGUUCCCGGUCACAAAUGAACUAGCCUGCGAACAGGCUCUCAAGCUGAAUUGAGAGCCUGCAUCGAUGACUAAUGAAUUUGAAUAUCUGCGUCUCAAAUCGUGACGUGAAAUUCUCAUUGGUCAGAUGCUAUAAUUUAUAUGUUUCCGCUGAGCUCUAUAUAUGUCAACUACUGAAGCAUUAUGCAUAAAAAACACAUUAACUGAUCAAAUUGGUCUUGGCCAUCUUACCUCAAAGCACGAAAUGUUCUGUUUUGAGAAAACAGUAUUUAAAACAUUUGAACUUUUGCUUGAAUAUCUUAUAUUUCGAAAAACAGUAUAAACUGUACGGUCUAAAUUUAGUUUGCACGGUCUAAAUUUAGUUUGCACGAAAGUUGUAAACAACACCAUAUAAGGAUAGACAUUCCAUAUUUGGAAAAACGAACGUUACGGGACAGAUAUUCAAAUUCAUUAGUCAUCGAUGCAGGCUCUCAAUUCAGCUUGAGAGCCUGUUCGCAGGCUACAAAUGAACAGACCUAACGCUCUUUAUGGCCCAGUGCAGUUGCAUCCAAUUGGCCUUUCUCACGCCGCCAUUUUUGGGUGGCAUUUCAGCCGAAGUCUGCGUGAUAAGUCCACAUAACAGCGACUUUUUAUAAUUUUUUGGACGAAUGAUGCUAAAUUUGCUUUGAAAAAUUGCUUUUCACAUUGUUUUAAUUGUCUGCAUUGGUUAACGAGAAUUAGAUGCCACCCAAAAAUGGCGGAUAUUCGUCAUCGUGAGAAAGGCUAAUUAUACAAUAAUGGUGAGACAAGUUACAUGAACUGUUGCGCAGUGUAACCUGUCUAGCUAUGACUAAACAUAUUGCGGUACAAGUUGUAUAAAAGGUCUGAGAACGAUUGUAGCGAAUUUUUUCUAUUAUAGGCCAAAUUGGCCUAUCUGUUAGCGUUCAUACUUGACAAUAAUUAAUUUAUAAAAUAGAGAAAAAAGUGUUUUUGUAAUGACUGCUUUGCCGACAUGGGACAAAUAUAAUAAGCGCAUGUAAAAUACCAGAUCAACUUAAUAUGUAUGUUUAUAUAUCUAAUAAGUAUGUUAUUAAAUGUAUUAUUUAUUUAUUAUUACAAUUAAAUAUAUGAUAGUUGCACAUAAA